AAACAAAUAAAGCUCCGAUCGUUAAUUUGGCGCUUGGUGUAUCAGGUGAUGAUAAAUCUCGAUUUACGUUGAUGAUGGUUGAUCCCGAUGCACCAAGUCGCAAAGAUCCAGUUAAAGGAGAAUGGCGCCAUUGGAUCGUUGGAAACAUUCCAUCUAAUGGAAACUUGUCUGAAGCAACACACCUUGAUAGUUAUAUGGGACCAGAGCCACCUUCAGGAAGUGGAGACCAUCG